GGGCACUAUAAUAUAUUGAGCAAAGAGAAAUUCAGAUAGUAACAAGUAGAGACAUUUGAGCUACGCUGCCAGAAGUCAAGAUAAUUAAAUGGCAGGUCGUCCAUCACCAUUGUCAGAAGAGGUUCUGGCACAGUUCAACCAGACCAUGGCUGCAGAGGUCACAGCUACCUUACGGAACAGGGCAGCCUCCAUCUCUACACGAAGGAGCUCACAUUCUGUUGAUUUGUCUCCCCGGCCUCUGCUGCGCUUGAGAAGUAUAGAUCAACGUUUACCUAUUCUUUCUCGAAGGAGCUCAGUUGUUAGCAAUGCAAAUAUACAAUUUUCCCGCAAGAACUCUCUUUGUGCUCUGGCACCUGGCAAGCAAUUGUCUCUUGGACCUUGGACCCAUUAUGGACGUGUGAGUUUUUCAGGGCUACCCCUAUGCCAGCCAAUCAAGGAAAUUGAGUAUGAAAACACCUACAAGACUGGUCCAGAUAAUGGCUGCAGAUUCACCCCACAACGAGUCCAACAGGUUCUGGAGGCUACACUAAGCAGCUAUCUGGGUGAUACUAAGUACAGCCCACUGACUUGUGGACAACUGUCCCAAAGUCUUGCAGAACUAAUACGUAGUAAGGUGAAGGACCUUAUUCCUUCUCGCUACAAGGUAGUAUGCAAUGUCAUUUUGGGCCAGAUGGGUCAGCAAGGUAUAAAGGUAGCAAGCCGUUCUCUGUGGGACCCACAGAAUGAUAACUUUGCCUCUGCUACGUAUGCAAAUUCAUCUCUGUUUGCCGUUGCUUUAGUACAUGGUGUAUAUUAUGAAUAAAUUCCAAUACUGAUAUAUCACCUCGGUAAUUACAACAUAACAAGAAAAAUAUUACUAUGCAAACCAAAAGUCCACACCAAAUUGACUUUCACCACGCCACCUAGAUCCUCAGUCUCAACUCCCACCUAGGGUUGGCAGGUAAAAAUGCUUGACAUCAAUGUUAAUAUGGCAGAAAGGUAAACAUUUAAGAAGCCCAUUAUUAUUAUUAACAACCCUACUACCACCACAUGUGUCCCCACUGGUCCACCACCAGUGCACCUGAUCUAACCACUCUCUGCUCCGUGAUGUCACUGUCCCCACACUGAUGUCACACCUGUUUUCCCUCCAGUAGUGUUGAGUGUUAAAACACAGAGGUGGCAACCAUAGCUAUAUGAGAGGCCCAUAGGUCAUAGCUUACCUGUGAAAUCCUGUCUAUUGUCUAUCUUGGCUGCCAGUCCAAUACUACUUAAAGCACUGUUUCUGAAGAUACCCUUCUUUGCAGAGCAUUCUCUGUUGAAAAGAGCAUAGAUGCAGAGUGAGGGUGAACCGCAACAUCAGAAAUCAAAAGGCAGAUCCACAACAUAUUUAACAUGUGUGUAUGUAGAAGUAGAAAGAUGAUGCCCGAUCAAGGGACUAUAUGAAACCUUUUUCAGAUUGAGCAAAAUCACUUCUCACUUGCCAUAUUUAGUGCAGGAAACAAAAAGGUAUUUCUUAAAACCCUCACCAUGAACUGUUGUUGAAUAAGGGGGUAAAUAUGUUUUUAAAGGGGAUGUUCACCUUCCAAAUACUUUUUUCAGUUUGUUUUCAGAUUGCUCACCAAAAAUAUUUUUUUUAUUCUACAAUUGUCGUCCAUAAUAUCUUAUUUUCCAAAAUUGACAUUUAAAGUAGAAUGUUCUUGUCUCUGGUGUUUCAGUCUGGCAGCUCAAAAUACAGGUACAGAUUCUGAACUGUUAUAAUUUUCU